CACUCUAUCUACCGCUGCUGCCUGAACGGUCCAUUCUCCGCAACUGCUGCCCGCAGCUUCCUGCGGAGACCGGCCUUUCACAAGCUCAAGUGCUCUUCACUUUGUUGUUCUGCUCGCACCGCUCCUCAUCCCCUCCUCACCUUCCCUCGCCUCACCCCUCAAUCGCCUCACUCUUGCUUUCCCCACUCCCCACUCACCUCCCCAAUUCCUGCCAGGUCAUUCUGAUGGACCACGUGGAUUGGCUGGGGCAGCGUGACAUUGACACGCUCUGCCAAGCACUCAGGGACCAAGUCAAGCCUGGAGGCCGUGUCAUCUGGCGCAGUGCGUCGCGCAACCCCGAGUAUGCCAAGGACAUCGAGAAGGCUGGAUUCAAGGUGGUGCAAGUGCGCUCCAUCACACAGCAGCAGUACAUGGACCGAGUCAACAUGUACGCCAGCUUCUACGUCGCAAUCCGCAACGGAGGCCCCGAGAACAUCCAGAUCUUCAAUGAGCCGCCCAACCCUCUUGCCCUCACCAAUGGCACUGAUGCUGCUGCCCCCACCGCUAGCUCCUGA